AUGUCGAACGAUCCGUCCAUGAACACGGCGCUGCUGAACUUCUGCACGUCGCUCAGCAACGGAUCGGGGACUGGCGAUCGCGAACAACUCCCGCGUCGUAAUCCGGAGGAGCUGCAGUGGCUGAAGGAGGCACUGGCGUCUGUUGAGGCACCGGAGCGGCAGAUCAAACGUCUUUUGGAGACGGUCGCACGCGAUGGCGUCACGGAAGACGAUUGUGCCGCGGCCUUGGAGGAGCUGAGCGACUUAGUGGAAGACAUCAAUUGGGCUGUUGAGUUCUCGCUCAUGAAUGGCCACCGCAUAAUGCUGGAUUUGCUGCGCAGAGGAAAACUGACGGCGGAAAGCGAGCCGGUUCGUCAGGGCGCAGCGAUGGUCAUUGCUCACGCCGCGCAGCUGAACGAAAGAGUGCAAAAGUGUUUUGAGGAAGCACAGUGGGAGGAGGUGUUGAUUCCAUUGCUGAGGGAGGAAAAGGCUCCCGCCGUGUUCGCCGCUCUCCUGCACAGCUGCAGUUGUCUUUGCCGUGAAUAUUCUCCGAAUGCCCUUCUAUUCAAGAAAGCAGGGGGAAUAGAAGUUAUCACCAGAGUGUUAAGGAGCGAGUCUCUGGAUGGAUGUGACAAGAAGAUUAUUAAGCGCGUCUUGUUUCUCGUGGGAUAUCUCACGGAGGUGCUUGAUAUUGCCACAGAAGAUAUGAUUCGUUCCGUCUCUGUACAUGCCGCGAGUUCAGAUGAAGAAAUACAAAUGAAUGUGGCGCAAACUCUUUUUUUGGUUGCCGAAAAAUCCUGCGCCAUAGUGAGGCGUGUCUUGAAGGAAGUGGCGCCUGGGUCUCUUGUGCGCUGGAGGAACGCCUUGCUUGGCGAGGAAGAUGACCCUAGGCGGCGUCUAGUAAAUAAGUUGGACAGAGAGGGCCACGACGGGUAG